UAAUUUACAUUUGCCUUUAUUUUACUUUCUUCUUCUAAUCAAACAACAAAAAAAUAAGGCCUACUUGAAGUAGGUUGUGUCAACCAGAAACAAAUCGAAGCAGUAAUUGAGAGUGUCACCGGCGGGAGACUAAAGCAACCGUGGAUGGCGGAUCCCUACCACCCAUACCCAACUCCUGCACCUUCUGACGGAGCAACCUUUUCCAGAACUAGCUAUGCUGGUUUCAUUCCAUCAGAGACACCAUCACUGGCUUCUCCUCAUCCUAAAUCAACUGAUUUUCCGGGCUAUGGAUCAGAUUACCUCCAUAAAGAUGUAAGCUUGUUCAGGAUGGAGCCAUAUGGUGUUGAUGAUACUAGGGGCUCUAGAGUUCAUUCUGAACAUAAUGCUACGGGUUAUUCUCAUCCUGAAGAUCCCGAAUUAAGUACGAAAAGAGAUACUCCAUUGGGCGUUAAUCCAGGUGUUCCUGAUUUGAACAAUGAAUCGAUGCCUAAAAGCAAUUAUGACGCCGUCCCAGUUACGGCUGCAGAAUCAAACAUUCUGUUUGUGGGUGGGCUUCCGAAAGAUUGCACAAGAAGAGAAGUAGGCCAUCUUUUCCGUCCCUUUAUCGGCUAUAAGGAUAUCAAACUUGUUCACAAGGAGCCAAGACGUAGUGGGGACAAGUCUAUGAUUUUGUGUUUUGUGGAGUUUACUGAACCCAAAUGUGCUCUCACCGCCAUGGAAGCUCUGCAAGGCUACAAGUUUGAUGAUAAAAAACCUGAUUCGUCAAUCUUGAAAAUCCAGUUUGCACACUUUCCUUUCCGCCCGCCAACUAAUGAUGGACUAUAAGCUUCAUAGUACAACAGACUCAUGCCGACUGGUAUUGUAUUUCUUGGUUGAGAAGUUUGAUGCUGCUCAGAUGAACUCUAUCUGAUGGAGAAAUUAGCUUUUAGAUUCAAAAUUUUAGGUAAAGCCUGGCUGUUGAAUUGAUAAAAUUUUGGUUAGAUUUUUCAUAAUCAUGGGGGUAUGGCUGUGGCUUUGUACCUUUGAGUGUUGAUCCAUCGUAAUUUCCACAGCAGUGAGAAUUUCAUGUAGUCUCAAGCAGGGGUUGUGUAUAAUAAAAUAAAAUGGUCAGUUGUUUCAAUGUGUGUUCCAGAAUCAUACUUCCUUAGUCUCAUUUAAAUUGUCUGAAAAUGAGUUGUGCGUGAUUUUUUAAAAGA